AUGGUGAUCAACACUGAGACUUCGAAUGCACCAACCCAGCUCAGUCAGGAGUCAGAAGGUUCUACACAGGACCCUAAAUCAGCCGAUCCUUUCCAGCCCAACCAGGACCCCUGUCCAGCAGAUUCACCUCCUACCAGUCAAUCCACACAAGCAACAGAUCUUUCUUUUUCACCUGCAUAUUUAGCUGAUGUUUGUUCCCGGCACUUCGGUGACGAUUGUUUUACAAACAAGGCCCAGUUCGACGCUGCUGGAUUUGCAGAUUGUCUGAAACUGAAAGAUGGAUCAGUCCCAGCGAUAAGAGAUCCCGAACACGGACCGCGGGCAAUCACGGAUCGUUCAUGUUUGCUGACCUUACGAAUAUCACCUGGCGGAAAGAAAAGGACUCGGACCCCUGAAGGGACGAGAGCGGAAAGGGAAAGAGACACAUGCCACGCUAAAACGAGAAUCGACAUCGGCGGAGCUUUUCCAUUGUGGCGAAAGGUUGGAGAGCAAAUGGGAUUUAAAAGUGACCCGGAGAUGGCUUUCUUCUUGCUACAGAGGGUUUGCGGUGAAAAUGUUUUAGUUCCACGACGACGGAAAUCAACACAUGUACCCGCUCCACAAACAGAGGGAUCGUUUCAGGAGUCUGAGGGUGAUUCGACUCAUCCCAGUGAUGAAGAUGAAGACAUGGAGGCCUCAGAGAUCUGCUAUGAAGUCUCUCCCUCACAUCCAAAAGAUGAAUUAUCACAGAACAGACUAAAGUCUGAAGACCAGAUAAAGUCUGAGAAUCAAUUGAUGUCUGAAGACCAGCUCAAGACUAAACAUCAGCUGAUCUCUGAAGACCAGCUCAAGACUGAACAUCAGCUGAUGUCUGAAGACCAGCUCAAGACUAUACAUCAACUGAUGUGUAAAGACCCAGCUCAAGACUAA